GUGUCAAGAUCCUUUAUCUUCCAUUACAUGUGUGUGAUUAAAGCUCUGCAAUUGCAAUUGGGAUAUUGCAAUCAUGAGGUUUCUACAUGCUUUUACGGCAGUUGCCUGCGCGGCUCAAGCUGCAGCAUUGUCAAUUAAUAUUGGUGGUGAGAAAUUGGUUGUCGAGAGAGAUGCCGGACUCCAGGAUAUUGUCACAUAUGAUGAACACUCUCUCAAAGUAUACGGGGAACGUAUAUUUGUUUUCGCAGGAGAAUUCCAUCCCUAUCGGCUCCCGGUCCCUGAUCUAUGGCUUGAUAUAUUUCAGAAAGUGAAAUCACUUGGAUUGAAUACCAUUUCCUUUUAUGUUGAUUGGGCAUUGGUGGAAGGAAACCCAGGACACUACACUGCAGAUGGAGUGUUUGCUUUUGAGCCAUUCUUUGAUGCUGCAAAGGAAGCGGGUAUCUAUCUUAUUGCUCGUCCAGGUCCCUACAUCAACGCUGAAGUCGCUGGGGGUGGAUUCCCAGGAUGGCUUCAACGUGUGAGCGGUGUUCUGCGAUCUCGAGCUCCAGAUUAUCUAGAAGCAACCGACAACUACAUGGCAAACAUCGCCAGUCUAAUCGCCAAAUACGAAAUCACAAAAGGAGGACCGAUUAUUCUGUAUCAACCAGAGAAUGAAUACUCAGGAUAUCAAGGAUAUGUUCCAGGUGGAUGGCCAGAUCCAAUUUACUUUGAAUAUGUGAAGAAACAAGCUAGGGACGCGGGUGUUACGGUGCCAUUUAUCAGUAAUGACGCUUAUGCCGGCGGACUUUUCGCACCAGGUGACGUUGUUAAUGGAACUACAGUUGGAGAUGUUGAUAUCUACGGUCAUGAUUCGUAUCCUUUAGGAUUCGAUUGCGCACAUCCAACUACCUGGCCUGCUGGAAAUUUACCGACUUAUUUUGCCGCGACUCAUGAGGAACAAAGCCCAAGUACAUUUUAUUCUAUCAACGAAUUCCAAGGUGGUGCUUUUGAUCCUUGGGGUGGUCUUGGAUUCCAAGCAUGUGCUCAACUCUUGAAUGAACAAUUCGAGAGAGUCUUCUACAAGAACGAUUUUGCUUCAGGUGUUGCUCUUUUGAGCUUAUAUAUGAUUUAUGGUGGCACAAACUGGGGUAAUCUUGGUCAUUCUGGUGGCUACACGUCUUACGAUUAUGGUGCCGCUAUCACCGAAAAUCGUGAAGUAACUCGUGAGAAGUACAGCGAGUUGAAGAUAGAAGCCAACUUCCUGAAAGUCAGCCCUGCAUAUCUCACCACCACCGUUGGUGCAGCUGCCAAUGGCACAUAUACCAACAGUAAUAGCAUCACCACCACUCCACUCAUUGGGAAUGGAACCGUCACAAACUUCUAUAUUGUUCGCCAUUCAGAUUAUCAAAGUUUGGCUUCUACGGCCUAUAAGUUGACUGUUACUACAAGUCAAGGCGCUCUUACUAUUCCUCAAUUGAACGGAAGUCUUACUUUAAGCGGUAGAGAUUCAAAAUGGCAUGUAACAGACUAUGACAUUGGAGGAACAACACUCCUUUACUCUUCAGCAGAAAUCUUCACCUGGAAGAAGUUUGAUGAUAAGACUGUUUUGGUCGUUUAUGGUGGUCCAGGAGAAUCUCAUGAAUUGGCCGUAAUUACAAAGAGCUCAGCACAAGUUAUUGAGGGCUCAGGUGUUACAAGUAAGAGCACAAACGGUUCGACGAUCCUCAAUUGGCAAACAUCUACUACACGUAGAGUGGUCAAGGUCGGUAGCGUUUUUGUCUACAUUUUGGAUCGAAACAGUGCAUACAAUUAUUGGGUGCCAGACUUUGCCAGAACUGAUAAAUGGGGUGCAUUCGCUUCGAGCAUUGAAAACACAGCUUCCGUCAUCGUAGAAGCAGGUUACCUCGUUAGAUCCGUUUCAACAAAAGGCUCAGAUCUCCGUAUCUACGGUGAUCUCAACGCUACCGUCCCAUUCAAGGUAAUCGGUGCCCCUAAAGGAACUAAGAACCUUUACUUCAACUCCCAAAAGGUCUCCUACAAGACCGAUUCUACAACUGGUGAACUUUCCUCAACACUCACCUAUACUGCACCCAAGAUCUCUCUUCCAAAACUCUCAGGCCUCUCUUGGAAAUAUCUCGAUAAUCUCCCUGAGAUCAAAUCUACAUAUGACGACUCAGCCUGGACAGUCGCCAACAAAACCUCAACGAGUAAUCCCUACCUUACUCCUCUUCUGACGCCUACUGUCCUCAAUGGUCCAGAUUACGGUUACAGCACCGGAGUCCUGAUAUUCCGCGGUCAUUUCACCGCAACUGGUAAUGAAUCAUCCCUCUACAUCGCCACUCAAGGAGGUUCCGCUUUCGGCUCAUCCGUCUGGCUCAACUCAACCUACAUUGGUUCCUGGGCCGGCGCCGACUAUGCCGAAGGCAAAAACUCUACUUACACUUUACCCAACCUAAAAGCCGGCUCCAAGUACACCUUCACAGUGUUGAUCGACAACAACGGUCUCGACGAAAACUGGGUCGUGGGAGUCGAAGAAAUGAAAUCUCCUCGAGGUAUCCUCAACUACGCUCUUUCCGGACACGCUCAAGAUUCCAUAACCUGGAAACUCACCGGAAACCUCGGCGGAGAACAAUACAUCGAUCAAGUGCGUGGUCCAUUGAACGAGGGUGGUCUCUAUGCCGAACGUCAAGGUUACACACAACCAUCUCCUCCUUCUUCAUCGUGGACGUCUGGAUCUCCCUUUAAGGGAAUCAAGAGCGCAGGUGUAGGGUUCUGGACUAGUACCUUUAAAUUGGAUUUGCCAAAGGGAUAUGACGUACCUCUUGCAUUCAAUUUCGGAAACUCGACAAGCACAAACGGAACGAGUGAUUACAGAGUUCAGCUCUGGGUUAAUGGAUGGCAGUUUGGCAAAUAUGUUAAUAAUGUCGGUCCCCAGACCAGCUUCCCAGUGCCGCAGGGAAUUCUAAACUACAACGGACAAAACACCCUCGCCAUUGAACUCUGGGCUCAACAGCCCUCAGGCGCUGCAGUAACCGAUUUUACAUUGACGGCCGGAACACCAGUACUCACGAGUUUGAAGGCGCCUAGUUUGGUGGAUAGCCCGGCUUGGAGUAAGAGAAAGGGUGCUUAUUGAUUUGAAAGUGUAAUUUCUGGGGAAGAAAGAUAGAUAGGAAUAGAAAUGAAUGGAAUAGUAGUGUGUGGAGGAAAUAUUAGGUAUAUAUAUACAAGAGAAAUCAUAAAUAUUCA